AUGGCUCGGACCACACCCCUCGAACGCUAUCGCAAUAUCGGCAUCAUGGCGCAUAUCGAUGCCGGUAAGACGACCACGACCGAGCGGGUGCUCUACUACACCGGCAAGUCCUACAAGAUGGGCGAGGUCCACGAGGGCAGCGCCACGAUGGACUGGAUGGAGCAGGAGCAGGAGCGCGGCAUCACCAUCACGUCGGCCGCGACGACCUGCUUCUGGCGCGACCACCGGAUCAACAUCAUCGACACGCCGGGCCAUGUCGAUUUCACCAUCGAGGUGGAGCGCUCAUUGCGGGUGCUCGACGGCGCCGUUGCGGUGUUCGAUGCGGUGGCGGGCGUCGAGCCGCAGUCCGAGACGGUCUGGCGUCAGGCGGACAAGUACAACGUCCCCCGUAUCUGCUUUGUGAACAAGAUGGAUCGCGUCGGGGCCGAUUUCCCCCGCUGCGUCGAGAUGAUUCGCGAGCGCCUGGGCGCCAAUCCGGUCGCGAUCCAGCUUCCCAUCGGGACCGAGGCGAAGCAUAUCGGCGUCGUCGACCUGAUCGCGAUGAAGGCGAUCGUCUGGAAUUCGGAGACCCUCGGCGCGGAGUUCGAAAUCGGCGACGUGCCGGACGACAUGAAGGCCGAGGCCGAGGCGAGCCGGCAGGCGCUCAUCGAGGCGGUGGUCGAGACGGACGACGCCGUGCUGGAGCGCUUCCUCGAGGGCGAGGAGCCGGACGAGGCAGCGAUCAAGCGUUGCCUGCGCAUCGGUACGCUCACCGGCCAGAUGGUUCCCGUGCUGACGGGCUCCGCCUUCAAGAACAAGGGCGUGCAGCCGUUGCUGGACGCGGUGUGCGACUUCAUGCCGGCGCCGACCGACGUGCCGCCGGUACACGGUGUCGUGCCCGGCAAAGGCAGCGAGGUGGAGCGGUCCUGCAGCGACGACGAGCCGAUGGCGGCGCUUGCCUUCAAGGUGAUGACCGAUCCCUUCGUCGGCUCGCUCACCUUCGUGCGCGUCUAUUCGGGGAUGAUCCAGACCGGCAAGCAGGUGCUCAACAGCGCCAAGGGCCGCAAGCAGCGGGUCGGCCGCAUGCUGCUCAUGCACGCCAACACCCGCGAAGACAUCCAGGAGGCACGGGCAGGGGACAUCGUCGCCUUCGCCGGCCUCAAGGACACCACGACCGGCGAGACUCUGAGCGACCCGGCGCACCCGGUGGUGCUCGAGCGGAUGGAGUUCCCGGAACCCGUGAUCGAGGUCGCCGUCGAGGCCAAGACGAAGGCCGAUCAGGACAAGCUCUCCGUCGCGCUCGCCCGGCUUGCCGAGGAGGAUCCGUCGUUCCGCGUGACCGCCGAUCCGGAGAGCGGGCAGACCGUGAUCCGCGGCAUGGGCGAACUCCACCUGGAUAUCCUGAUCGACCGCAUGCGCCGCGAGUUCAAGGUGGGCGCCAAUGUUGGCCAGCCCCAGGUCGCCUAUCGGGAGACCAUCGGCCGUGAGUCGACGGUCGAUUACAUGCACAAGAAGCAGACGGGCGGCGCCGGCCAAUUCGCGCGCGUCAAGAUCGUGCUGGAGCCGCUGGAGCCCGGCGCGGGCUUCGUGUUCGAGAGCAAGGUCGUUGGCGGCGCCGUACCCAAGGAGUACAUCCCUGCGGUCGGGAAGGGGAUCGAGGAAGCGCGCCAGGCCGGCGUCAUCGCCGGGUUCCCUGUCAUAGACUUCAAGGCCCGGCUGGUCGACGGCGCGUCCCACGACGUCGACUCCAGCUCGCUUGCGUUCGAGAUCGCUGCGCGCGCGGCGUUCCGCGACGCCCUGCAGCGUGCGGCGCCGGUACUGCUGGAGCCGAUGAUGAAGGUCGAGGUCGUGACGUCCGAGGACUAUCUGGGCGACGUGAUCGGCGACCUCAACGCCAGGCGCGGGCAGGUCGGCGGCAUGGAGCCGCGCGGCAACGCCCAGGUCAUUCGCGCCAUGGUACCGCUUGCGACCAUGUUCGGUUAUGUCAGCACCCUGCGCUCGCUCACCCAAGGGCGGGCGCAGUUCACGAUGGAGUUCGAUCACUAUGAUCAGGUGCCCCGGGCGGUGUCGGACGAAGUCCGCACUCGUUACGCCUGA